UAUGGCGAACGAGCUCGCUCCUCCAGAUGACCCUCCAGAUGACGGUGCACUCUCUCCGUACCCGGCACUGAGAUCUUCCGUGCUUCUCCAAUCGCCAGAGCUACCAAUGAUCCCUUCCGCGAGUCCCGCAUCCGUCUCUCCAUCGGCUUCUCAGACGAGCAUCUCCUUCAGUGAGACCGUGGCAAGCUUCGGCGCCUGGCCAUGCUGCUCUACGAACUGGCAGCUUGAAGACUUCCUCAGCAUGUUCGGCGAAUUCGCAACCCAACGGCGAAGAGAAAUGCCCCCCGCGACAUGUUUGAGGACAUUAAGAGCGUUAUGAAUGACUUCACGAAGGAAUUUGACGACAAGCUCUAAGCUGCUGUUGAAAAACUCUCCUUCAACGAGAAUGAUGACGCAGCCAUCUGUUCUAGUGUAGCCAAUGUACAAAACGUUCACCGAUAUCAAAAUACCUUCAUACCUUCUUCGUCAUUGAGCCGGAUCAUAGUUGCUACUCGUCCAAUGUCCUUGCCAAUCUGAAAUGCUCAAUGUCUAUAGACCUCCGUUUCCACCGUCUUGGCAUCGGUUCUAGCAUAGUACACUCCAAAAGGAACAAAAGCUCAAUCAAUGUCCGACGACAG